CUUUUUUCGCAUCGAUUUUUAUUUUUAUUUUCAUUUUGACGGCUCGAAUUGAUAUAUCCAUAAGAAAAAUAAUAAUUUCUUAAUUCCAAAACCAAAGAUGUUGUCGAUUAGUCCAUUUGUGUAUUGGGCUCAGACAGCCGAGCAAAUUUCAUUGAAAAUUGACUUGAAAGAUGUCAAGGAAUACAAAAUUAAAAGCGAUAAUACAAAGUUCAACUUUUCGGCAUCAGGAGUCGGUGCUCGAGGACUUCAGGAAUAUAAAUUUACGCUAGACUUACUAAAUGAGAUUGAUCACGAGAAAGUCAAAUCGAUCAAUACUGAUAACAAAGUUGACAUUUUUAUACCAAAAUUGAAAAGUGGAUUCUGGCCUCGAUUGAUAUGCCAACAACAAAAACCAACGUGGCUGAAAAUAGAUUUUGAUAGAUGGAAGUCUGAGGACAUGGAUGAUGAAGAUGAGGAAGAAAAUCAUCGGAAUAUCAUGAAGGACUAUCCAGACAUGUACGAUAGACUUCAAAAAGAGGAACUGGGCUUUAGAAAAGAAAGUCUUAAGAAAGUUUAUCUUAUUUUUUACAACUUAUUCCAAUUUGUUGGAUUUACUUAUGUCCUUACUGUCAUGGGUAUUCGAUAUUAUCGCGAUGGUGAGGAAUCAAUGCCAGGAACUUAUGAGGCUGUUGGAAAUGCUUUUAAAUUUAUACAGCUAUUGCAAUAUUUGGAAGUGAUGCAUCCAAUAUUCGGAUAUACAAAAGGAGGAGCAUUAAUGCCAUUUAUACAAGUUACAGGAAGAAACUUCAUUCUCUUUGCUAUGCUGGAAUAUGAACCGAGAAUGCUGACAAAGCCUGUUGUGUUCUAUUUGUUCAUUGUAUGGGCAUCAAUAGAAAUCGUUCGAUAUCCUUAUUACCUUACACAACUCUUCAAAUUCGAGAUUGGAAUUCUUACAUGGCUGCGUUAUUCAAUGUGGAUUCCAUUAUAUCCACUCGGAGUUUUAUGUGAAGGAAUCAUCAUCUUAAGGAAUAUUCCAUACUUUGAGGAGACAAAGCGCUUAUCGAUCGAGAUGCCUAAUAAGCUUAAUUGGACAUUCCACAUGCCAACAUUUUUGUAUCUAUAUUUAACAUUCUUAAUUCUACCCGGCAUCAUUUUUAUCAUGUCUCACAUGCAAAAAAUUCGCGCUAAGAAACUCGGACGUCGAUCGAAGUUUGAUUGAUUUUUUUGUUAUUGUGUUUCGAGUGAAUUUUAUGAUUUUUGUGGAUGUAUUUUCAAGUCUUUAACUUUUAUGUUAUGCUAAUGUAGUAGCGAAUUUUUCUUUUAUGUUAAUUUCAAAUCAGAUGAGCACAAAGUAUUGGAACUUAAAAAUAAAGAACAAGUCGGGGUUAUCGAAGCUUUAUUCCACUUACGUCAAAUUAUAUAAUAACUUUUAUUUAAUUACUUUCAUGCUUGAAUAUUUGCGAGAUAAGGUCAGUGUCUAGUCUUAUCAAGAGCACGAGAUUGAUUCCUGCUUGUGAAAGAAGAAGGAAAGGAAGAUCCAAAAAUGUCUUGUUGACGGAGGUCAAUCUGGUGUGUUUGCAAAUCUUACUGAAUAAAUGCGGUACGCAGAAUAGCCUAUUUAUAAACUUUUGGUAAAAAUGUGAAUUUCAGCAUGAUUUGGUAGAAUAACAUUUAGGCAAUGGUUGAAUGACAUUUUGGUCAUGACCACAUACUUCAUUAAUCUCUGCAUUCACGUUUUUAUUAUCGG